AUGCAAACUCGACGCCGUCAUCAACAAACGGACCAGCAGGAAUUCAGCAGCAAUUACAGUGUCCAGCAAUUGCCACAACAGGAGCAACUGCAGCAGCAGCAGUCGCUAAUCCAGCCUGGCCAAAAGCAAUUGUACGUAGCUCCACCUUCGGAAGCUGCCAUUAAUAUUGGCGAAACUUUUUCGAGUGGCGACGCAGACGACAAAUACGACAAAGCCGCCCGCCAGUGGAACUUGUUUAGUGGCAUUUCGUCACGCUCUGGCCAGGCGCUGCGCACUUUUAUACAACAGCCAUUGAGCGCCGCGGCGGCUGUUGUAACAGGCAAUCAUCCCAAUCAAUCGCAAAGCUUGGAUAAUAACAAUUCCAGCAACAACUACGAGAAGAGCGUCUACAAUUUCGGAGGUAAUUCAACACAGGUUGAAGCUGAAGAAAUCGAGGAGCCAGAAAUAUUCAUAAUGGCUGCAAGAGAUCGUACGGGCGAGUUUGCCAAUGCGAUUCGUUCGCUACAAUCACGAAACAUCACACGGGCAGUCAACAUACGAGAUCCGAGGAAGGCCAAACAGGUGCAGAGCUAUUCGGAAUUUAUGAUGGUUGCCCGCUUCAUAGGCAAGAAUAUAGCCAGCACAUAUGCGAAAUUGGAGAAACUAACCAUGUUGGCCAAAAAGAAGAGUCUAUUCGAUGACAGACCGCAGGAGAUUCAAGAGCUGACGUACAUCAUCAAAGGUGACUUGAAUGCAUUAAACCAGCAAAUAGCCAAGCUACAGGACAUCUCCAAGGAUCAGCGCCGCACCACAAAUGGCAAGCACCUCGUCUCACAUUCCUCCAAUAUGGUGCUUGCACUGCAAUCCAAAUUGGCCAGUAUGAGCACAGACUUUAAGCAAAUCCUUGAAGUGCGUACCGAAAAUCUCAAACAUCAGAAGACGAGACGUGAUCAAUUCAGCCAAGGUCCUGGACCUUUGGCAGCGCACACCGUCUCACCAUCGACCGCCAAACAGGGUUCACUGCUGCUCAGCGAGGAGAAUCAAGCGGUUAGCAUAGAUAUGGGGGGAACUGAAGCGACGCCCCUACUAGGAGCUACUUCACAUCUGCAGCAGCAGCAGCAGCUGGCCAUCUACGAUGAAUCCGAUUCAUAUGUACAACAGCGUGCUGAGACAAUGCAGAAUAUUGAGUCAACAAUUGUGGAGCUUGGAGGCAUAUUCCAGCAGCUGGCGCAUAUGGUUAAGGAACAGGAGGAGAUUGUUGAACGCAUCGAUACCAAUGUGGCGGAUGCGGAGCUAAAUAUUGAGGCAGCGCAUGGCGAAAUACUCAAAUAUUUUCAAUCCGUAUCCAAGAAUCGUUGGCUUAUGAUUAAGAUCUUCGGUGUUUUGAUAUUCUUCUUCCUGUUCUUUGUUGUUUUUAUGUCAUAAUUAAUGCUAAAUACUAACCCAAUUCUAAAUUAUUGUGAAUACAUAUGGCAUAUACACCUAUAUACAUAUAUAUGUAAUAUAUUUUUAUCGAUAUGGAGUUAUGUACAAAGGUAAAUUCUUGAUUCAAAUUCAAGCCGUUUGUAAAAUAAAGCUAAAUCAAGAUACGUA